AUGACACAGCCCACAACCCCCGAAGGUGGAUAUCCCUCUUCUGACAAGGAUGACUUUGGACCUGACAGCGUCUUUACUACCAAUCCGCUUGUUAGAGAUGGGUCUUAUAUCAAAGACCCAUGGGGACGUAUGAGGUACAUGGGACCGACAUCGACAUGGUCAUUCUACCAACGUGCCAUCGCCACUUUGGGGCAGCGUCUCCCCCAAGACCAGACAACCCCUUCCGAACUGUUUGCUGUCGAUGGUUCAGCAUUCAAGCUCACAUGGGUUGCUUUACCCCCAAACGGAAUACCAGAUUUGAGUGGUCUUCCCCAGACCGAUCACGGACUUUACAUGUUCCAUACUGUCAAGUUUCAUCUUGGGUAUUUCUCCAUGAUCAUUGACGAGCCGAGGUUUCUUGCUCGCCUACACGAGUUCGAGAUGCACCCUGAAGAAGUAGCCCAAUCCCAUCGCUUGUGGCUUGCAGAAUAUAUUCUCAUCCUUGCUUUUGGCGAGGCUUUUCUGAAUCGACCCUCUCGGGGCGACGCUCCAGCUGGCACUGCUUUGGCUGCUCGAGCACUCGCGUUGCUGCCUGAUCUCCCCCAGUUACAUGAAGAGGGUCUCCUCUCUAUAGAGGUCCUCAGCCUGGUAGCUUUGUACCUCCACUGCCUUGAUAUGAGGGUCAACGCAUUCCUAUAUAUCGGCCAGGCUCUGCGCUUAGCCACAGUAGAGGGGAUUCACAGAGAGAUACCAGAGGAAGCGUUUGGAGCAGAAUUAUCUCAACGAUGCAAGAGGUUGUGGUGGGUUCUCUAUGUCCUUGAUCGACGAUUUUCUUCACUUCUAGGCGCUCCUAGUUCUAUUAGGGAUGAUGAUGUAGGCAUGACUUUGCCCUGGGAAAGCAAUGACACCUCAAUGGGGGCGGCGCUCAGCUUGUCUAUCCAAUUAUCUCGAGUUCUAGCAACGAUUAUGUCUACUGUCUACAGCACAAGUGAGAAGCUCGACAAGCCGCUCCUAACCGUCACCAAAGAUAUCAUACAUAAGCUCGCAGAUAUUGGGCAGCAAGUAGAUCAAAAACUGCUUCCCAAGACCUUGAACUCCAGUCCCUCCCGGAUGGUUUGCACAAUAACCCUCAUGUACCAUCACUGCAUCCUCCAUGCUACUAGACCAUUUGUCAUGUGUCUUUUGAAGGGGUAUAUUUAUUCGGAACCACAGGACCGUCAGAAGUUGCAUUUGACCACAUCUAUAUCCAACUUGCUCAAGACUUCAACAUCCUCAGCCAUGACCAUACUCAAAACUCUUUCAUCUCUAGAGAAAUCACAGUUAAUAGAAUCAUUCCUACCCUUUGACCUGGAAUUUUUAUUCUCUUCAGCUAUUCUGUUAUGCAUCAUAGAUCUAGUCUGCCCGGAUUAUAUCACCGACCAAAACUGGCUCCCGAGUGUCAACUACCUCCUUGAUGCCAUUAUUCGACUCGGAAACGUCUCAGCACGAUUGAGAAAGGCAGAGCUCCAUCAUCUACUCCAGCUCCUUGCUGAAGCCAAGGGCAGCCCGGGCCGGGACGUAGAAUUGGCUCCAGAAAUUGAGGCGUCUAUGCUGUAUCCUGGUGAUUCUACUGAUGUUGAGCAGGGGGAUAAUGGGGGCUCGUGGAGUACUGUCUUUGAUUUAGAUGAUACAGCUUUGGACCCCAGUCAUCUACUUGAUCUAGCACUUCAACUCGAUAGGGAACCAGAUGCCGAGAUGUUCAAUUUUUUCUGA